AUGGCUGAAUCGAUCCCCGUUAUCCUCUGCGGCCGUAGAGUCGAAGUCGGCAAGCCCGUCUCCGAAGUUCUCCGCCCAGAAUACGAGGUCAUCCAUUUCAUCGCCUCUCCUGAGGCAGUGCACGCUGAGCUUCCGCUUCUCCUCUCAGGCCAGGACCCCCAGCCUGCUGUUACCAGUCCGAACGACGUGGGCACGCACGACUACAGCCGACCCCCGCGAGCAGUGGUAUUUGGUCGUGGUUACGCCCCAGAGUUCGUCCAGCAGCUCAAGGAGAGGUACCAGAGCUACUGCCCGGAACCUGUCGCCUGGGUUAUGGGAGAUCCAGCAACGGCGCCUACGGACCCUCCGCCGCCAGGGUAUGCAGAGGCCACAGCGAACACGAUCAAGAAUGUGCUCGCAACCUGGAGAGAGCAGGGUGAAAGGGAUGCUUUCCUGGUGUACUGA